CUUUUUUUUAGAAUAUGGCGGCACAUUUGAGGAACCACGGACUUCUUUAAUUUCUUACCAAGACUGAUGUCCUUCGCUCAUAAAAUAAAAAGUAGGAAGUAGUUUUCGGUCACAGUUCAAUUGGUACUUGUUGUCAAGCUUUGUAAGGUGAUGAUGUUAAAAAAGUGACGAGGUGGUGGAUAUAAACAGCGCUGUGAUGGCAGAGAAGCAAGAAAAAGACAUCGUAGAAAAACUUCAUGCAUGGGCGAAUCAAGAAAUGCUGUUCACUCCUCAGGGACUGCAUGCCAAUAAGCCUAUACCAACAGUAGAGAACUAUAGAGAGAUAUGCAAGGGACCACAAAGAGACAUCUGGAAAUUUAUCAUUGAAAAUGUUCAUUCUGCACAAACUGUGAGGAAAGUGAAAGGAAAUCUCGCACUAAAAGGGACAAAACCUAAGUCCUACAGAGUCAAGUACAAAGCAGAUGAAAAACUGGAUGAACAGAAACAGAAUCUUUUAGACAGGAGAGCUCAGUUAACAGGGGAGGUAACUGCUGCACUGAAAGAUAUAUCUCACCUGGAGAAUGACCUCAGUAGGCUGGAGCAGGAAAUUCUGGACACUGACAGAGAAUGCCAGAUGAAGACGGCCUCAAUUUCAAAUACCAGAAGGAAGUGCGCUCUGCUAAAGACCUACUCCACACAAUGUGGUUUGAUGAUGAGGGAAUUUGAGGAAUACACCAAUCAGAUGUCAAGAAAAAUGACCACCAUUACAAAGCGAGCUAAGAAAACCUCGGAUACUGAGGAGUAUUACUCUUGUAAGAAAAGUUCUACGGAUGAUGAGCAGGGGGCUGUAUCCGUCGGAUUAGAGAGUAAAUGCAGCAGGGAUGUCAGGAAGACGUGUGAUUACGUUGGGAAAUUUCUUCUUGGUGCCCUGCAAGGAGAGUUUGGUACAGAUAAAAAUGUAUUCCAUCAAAAGAAACAGUUGCUAUGGAAACACAUGGAGGACACUUUUUCUGACCAUUCUGUGCAGCAGAUUUACAAUGCCUUGGUAACCAAUACCCAGAAUGCAGCAUUCGACAUGAGAGACUUGACUUCUAAAGUAGACAUCAGAAGAGAUGCUGAGAAGUUAAGGUUUAAGUAUGAGAAUUCUGGAGAGUUGACUGAUUUAUCUAGUUCCCCUUCCUUGUUACAGAGUGUGCAUCAGCUUCUAGAGGAAAACAGAAUUUCUCAGGUCAAAAGAUUCAUAGAGACGGAAAAGUACUUGAAUAGUGCAUGGAGGAAUAAUCAAUUGUUAGAGGAACUAAACAACAAAAUCGACAGACACCUGAAGAAAUUGUUCAAGAAUUCUAGAGAUCUCAACCUGGCAAGGAGUCUGGUAGAUUUGGAGGUGGAUCUAGCUGCAAAACGGGCGGAGUGUCAGUGUUUAUCCCAAGAGGCGACGCUUUUACGAGAGAAUAUUGCAGAGGCAAUGCGGGAGAAAGAAAUUCUGUUUGUAAAAUAUCAGAAAAUACAAGACUUCAAAGAAAUAGCGAACAAGAAGCAAGAAUUAAUCCAAGUCAUCGUUAGACAGAACAUGAAUGCGAAAUCGCGGCUAGAAUCACAGAGAGAAGAGGCUCCUGAGCUGCUGGUGUUCAGUUGUAUAGAAUUGAAAAGAAGAAUUAACACAUUGGAGAAAUUAUCCUCACCAUUGAACGUGAAGAAACGGGAUGGAGACAGUGUUAAACGUGUCGCAGAGCUUUGUGAGAGAGUGAAGGAGCAGGAUAAAUCACUGCUAGAGAGGACCCUGCCAGUGUUACAACAGAGACUUCACAAGACAGGGGCAGCAUUAACAGACUGCAACUCAUUGUCUGAAAGGCUGCAGGAAUGGUGGGAACAGCCAGCUCAAUACACGGUUCCCUGGGUAAAAGUAGACCAGAAUACCCUCCAACAGUGGCAGAGCCGAUGGACCGUUCUCUCCACCAAGUACAGACAACUUCUGUUGCAGAAAUCUUAAAGCGACCUCUUAUGGUACAAUUUGUUGUAAGCACCUUCAGACUCUUUCUGUUUUUGUACUGAACUUUAUUAUGAAGUUCUUCAAACUGAUUAAAAUAAUUUUGUUAAUGUGUAAAA